GACUCAGCUGGCUCGCCCUCCAUAAUGCCAUCGAUCAUGAAGAAGAUCGUGUUGAAGGUCUGCAUCAUGUGCAACAAGUGCAAGAUCUGCAUCAUGACGACCAUCGCCCACUUCGAGGGGGUUGUGUCGAUAGCGCUGGACGCCGAGAAGAACACGGUGACGAUAGUGGGGAACGUCGACGCCACGCUCAUCGUGAAAGCGCUGAGGAAGGCCAGGAAGACAGCCGACAUCGUCAGCGUCGGGGAAGCCAGCAGGUACAGGCCGGUGACGGUGGAGCUAUGCACGACUUCGCAGUCACACUGCAGCUCUUGCAGGCCGGUGAUGGUGGUGUGCGAGGAAACCAAAGGGUGCAGCAUCCUGUAAAGCAGUUGAUUGUUCUACCUAUUCAUGUGUUUAUUGUUGAGGUGAUAGUGAAGAAUUCUAAACUCAAAAGAAUAAUUUUUUUAGAAAUCAAUAAAUUAAAAAGUAAAUAAGAAAGUCAAUGUUAGUUUAA